AUGGCCUCCUUGUCUGAAUGUGAGAUGGCUGGUUCUGGCCGUGUUGCUGCUGUGCGUCCGAGGAGCCCCGCGGUCGCUCCAACACGAGCGACUGUCGGGGCGUCGACUGUUGAAGCAACGGAAACCGGCCACACGGGAGCCGUGCGCCCGAGGCCCGAGCCCGCACCUACGAGAGUUGCUGCCGAUGCCGCCGAUGUGAACUCGAGAGCGAGGGGAUCUGCAGUUGGCGCAAGACAACAUACUUGGGUCCCAAGACGGAAUGUUCAAGUUGAGCAAGGGCCUCUUAACCCUCCGAUUCCGUUCAAUAAUCUGCAAGAAUUGGAGGGUGACGAGUGCAACCUCCUGGACUUGGAGAAAACUGAUGGGAUCAUUGACCUUGGUGUGGAUGACGUCUUGGUUCUCGAAGAUGUGUGGAGUUUCCGUCUGCUGGGCAGAUUUGCGGGCAGAUUCCCUGGCAUGAGAGCUGUGGAUGGUUUGGUGAAGUCUUGGAGCCUAAACUGCAAAGCCGAGAACCUCCUCAAUGGCCACGUGCUGUUUUGGUUUCUGAAAGAAGAAGAUAGGCAGUUUGUGCUGGAUGGUGGUCCUUAUGCGCUCUUUGGAAAAAGACUUCUGCUCCACAUUCCACCCGAAGGUGCGAGACUAGCAUAUGAGGAUUAUUGCAAGAUGCCGGUCUGGAUCCGGAUGCCGUGGCUCCCCAAGCCGUGCUGGCAUCUUAAUGCCUUGAGCAAAAUUGCGGCCAACCUUGGAAAGCCGUUGAUGCGUGACAGGUUUACCAAGGAGAUGAAGAAGUCUACGUUUGCCCGUAUCCUUGUUGAGGUGGAUUGCUCGACUGAACAGCCAGACCAUGUGUCCAUUAAGCUCCCGGGGGGAGAUGUGUUUGAGCAGCCGAUUGUUUAUGAGAACCUGCCAAUGUUCUGUUCUCGCUGUGGAAGUGGAAAGCAUGUCACUAAAGAAUGCCCCUUGAGCCGGGUGGAGAACAACCUGAGACAGCGAGCCGAGGAGAACAAUGGUGCGGGUGAAGCCCCGCGUGACAAUGUCAAUGUCGACUCACCGAUGAAUGCCGGGGAAGAGGAAGUCGCAACGAAUAAUGUUGUUGGAGAGACUGAGCAACUGCCCGAUAAAGAGACUCCUACCACGGUUGAUGGCUUGAAUGAGGGACUGAACAAGCCCGUGAAUGCUGAUUUGAAUGAUAAUCCACCAACCGAUGAACUUGAACGUGUGGGUGCAGAUGCUAGCGAGCAUGCGAACUCUACGGCCGAACAAAACGGUGAACAGGCAGCCUUUGGUACUAUGGCCGAAGCUGCCGAGAUGGAGAGGGGCAGCGAAUCUACCUUUGUGGAUCCUAAUGAGCCCGGAUAUGGAGACAGCUCACUUAUGGAACCAUUUCCGCACUUGGUCGCGGCUAACGCAGCGGAAGUCUGGGACUUCAUCAAGAAUAAUCAGUUGUCAGUUUGUUGUCUCCUUGAAACAAAACUGACUUUGGAAAAAGCUAACCGUUUUGUGUUGAAUAGAAGAGGUAACUGGAAAUUCUCCACGAAUUUUCAUGAUGUUGAUGGAGGAAGGAUGAUUGUUGUUUGGGAUUUUGCGAGAGUGGAUUGCUUGAUCUUGGAAACGGCCCCUCAGUUCAUCCACUGCUUGCUUGUAUGUAAGAUCUCACAGGUGAAGGUGCUUUGCACCUUUGUCUAUGGUUUGUAUUCGGUGGUCACCAGAAGACCGCUAUGGAAUGGUUUGCAAAGGUUGGGGUCGGCUAUUUCUGAACCAUGGCUUGUUGUGGGUGACUUCAACGCUACCCUUGCGGCUUCCGAGCGAAGGGGUGGUGCGGAUCUCUCGCGAUAUGAUGUGAGGGACUUUGAAGCGUGCUGCAUGAAUCUUGACCUCACGGACUGCCCGUCGUUCGGGCGAGAUUUUACUUGGACCAACGGGCACAUGGAAGCUAAACUUGACCGUGUGCUGAUCAAUGAUGGUUGGCUCCAAAAUGGCAUCACUUGUAUGGCUAUCUUUGGCCGAAUGGAAUGGUGUUCGGAUCACUCCCCUGUGAUUGUCACGACUUCCAUGGCCGAGAACACGGGGAAGAAGCCGUUUAAGUUUCUCAACAUGUGGCUCAAACACCCCGAGUUUGAUACUACACUUAAUGGUCCUUGGGCCGAAGUGAUGGAUGGGUCCAAACAGUUGAUACUCUCCAAGAAACUCAAGGCGUUGAAGGGGCCUCUAAGAAAGCUGAACCGACAGAACUUCAGUCAUAUUUCGGAGAGGGUUAAGUCAGCAAAGGAUGUGUUAGCGGAGGCACAAGAAAACUUUGAUGUGAUUAAUGCCGGGGAGGAUGAAAGAACAACCUUGCGGGCUCUGAAGGCGAAAGCCGUGUUCCUUUUGGAGGCCGAGAGGCAGUUCUUUGCGCAGAAGCUUAAUACGACCCACCUUGUUGAAGCUGAUAAGGGGUCCAAGUACUUCCAUGAGCUGAUAAACAAGAGGAAUGCAGCCACCUCCAUUUCGGCCAUCUUAGACAGUAACGGAGCCCUGACGCACUCCCUCGAUCAAGUUGGGAGGCUCUUUGUGGAUUUUUUCUCGGGCUUGUUCGGGAGAGUCCGCGAAAGGGAACGCACGGUGGAAUUGUACUUUGAACAAGGGGAGCACAUCACGGCGAAUCAGGCUGCGGGGCUCGCGGCGUCGAUCUCUGCGCAAGAAAUCCGAGAGGCUUUGUUCUCCAUGGGUAAUGAUAAAUCACCAGGGUCGGAUGGCUACACGGCAGCCUUCUUCAAAUCGAAAUGGAGCACGGUGGGGGUCCUGGUGACGGAGGCGGUUCGAGAGUUUUUUAGGAACGGGCAGCUCCUAAAACAGUGGAACCAUACUUAG